AUGAGUUUUCCGGCCAAGAAAUUUAAUUUUGGUUUUCCAUCGAGUAAAAAAGCAACAGAGGCAAAAAAGACAGAAGCUGCUGAUUCGUCUGCUACUUCUUCUUCUUCUGCUACUGCUGCUACUAUUACUCCUCAAGGACCACCACCAAAACGCAGAUUCGGUGGUGAUUCUGACGAAGAAAAAGCAACAGCCAAUAGCGAUUCAACGAAACGAGUACGAAGCAGUCUCAUUGACGCCGACGACGAACAGGAGCUUUUGGCCAGUGCAGGCAUUGGUCCCACCUCGACGGUAAAACCAACAGCAGAGCAAGCCAACGAUGACGAUGAAGAAGAUCCUUUGGACGCUUUCAUGGCAGACAUGAGCGAACAAGCAAAGACGACCAAGACGGAAAGCAAGGCACGUCGCGACGAUUUUGAGGAAGAAGAUGAUAUGGAGAGCUACAUACGGCAUAUGAAAGAAGAAGGUGUUACAGUGGGCCAAGUGGAUAGCCGAUCUUACAUGGAUCGCAAUGAGUACGCCGACUCGGAUGAAGAAGUGUAUGCAGCAGCAGCAAGAAUUGAUGCAGAACUCAACAACAACUCGGAUGAUGGAGAGCACGGCCCUGUCAAACGAGAGAUUGAACCACUCGCCAGAGUCGAUCACGACGAAAUUGAAUAUCCCGAGAUCGAAAAGUAUUUCUACGAGGAGCACCCAGAUAUUACAGCACUUGGCAACGAACGAGUAGCCGAGAUCCGACGGGAACUUGGAUUGCAUGUCACGGGAUCUGACCCACCUGCGCCAUGUAUUUCGUUUGCACAUUUUGGAUUUGAUCAAGAUGUCAUGGCCACCAUCAUCAAAGCCGGGUACACUGAACCUUCUGCAAUCCAAAAGCAAGCCGUGCCCGUGGCAUUGCAGGGCCGUGAUAUUAUAGGCAUUGCCAAGACGGGAUCGGGUAAGACUGCUGCAUUUGUUCUACCGAUGCUUGUGCAUAUCAUGGACCAAGAAGAACUUGCCAAAGGUGAUGGCCCGAUCGGUUUGGUCAUGGCACCCACACGUGAAUUGGUGGGCCAGAUUUAUGCUGAGACCAAAAAGUUUGCCAAGGCGUAUGGACUAAAGGUGGCCGCUGUUUAUGGUGGUGCAUCAAAGAUGGCGCAAUUCAAGCAGUUGCGAAGCGGCACCGUCGAGAUCCUGGUUGCAACGCCUGGUCGAUUGAUAGAUAUGCUUAAAAUGAAGGCUACGAAUCUCAAGCGCGUCAGCUAUCUUGUUCUUGAUGAAGCGGAUAGAAUGUUCGACCUUGGUUUUGAACCUCAAGUACGCUCUGUUUGUGACAACGUCCGACCCGAUCGCCAAGCUUUGCUGUUUAGUGCCACCUUCCCACGAAAAGUAGAAUAUUUGGCGCGCGAAGUAACAGCGGAUCCGAUUAGAAUCAGUGUUGGCACGACGGGUCAAGCAAACGAAGACAUCACUCAAGUCAUUGCUGUGCUUGAUGAGGAAAUGCUAAAGUGGGAUUGGCUGAUAAGACGGUUAUCUGGAUUUUGCGCUGAGGGAAGCGUCAUCGUAUUUGUGUCGCGAAAAGGGGCUGUGGAUGUACUUGCUUCGAAUAUCAGCGAAUCCGGGUUUCCUUGCGGAGCACUCCAUGGAGAUCUGAUGCAAUACGAGCGCGACAAGGUACUUCGUGACUUUCGCGCAAACAAGUACGCCAUUUUAGUGGCAACAGAUGUAGCGGCCCGCGGUCUGGACAUCAAGGCUGUAAAGAACGUCGUGAACUAUGACAUUGCCCGUGACAUCGACUCGCAUGUACACCGGAUCGGACGUACGGGACGUGCAGGCGAGAAGGGAACGGCCUAUACGCUCAUCACUCGCAAGGAGGAUCGUUUUGCUGGAGAGCUGGUCAGAAACUUGGAAAGCUCUGGUCAGGCGGUCCCCCAGGAUCUAAUGGCUCUUGCAUUGACAAAUCCCAAGUUCAAAAGCUCUCGGAUACACGGUGGCAGUCGCGGUCAAGGAAGGGGCCGUGGUCGAGGUGGUCGAGAUGGCCGAGGUGGAUUUAGGGGGCGAGGCGGGCGUUUCAGAGGAGGAGGAGGAGGAGCAACAGGAGCGGGAGGAGGCAUCACUGGUUCUAAUGCUGAACCAUUGCUACCAAGGUCAUCAGGCUCACGACCAGGACCAUCGUUCCAAGCCAUGAAGUUCCAAAAAGCGAGUUCGGACGAAGCUGGUGCUCGAGGACUCAAUACAACUGCAGGGGUGCAGCAAAGUAGUCGUCGUUGGGACUAGCAUAUACACAACAUGUACAAGUUUACCUCACUCUGCACUAGUUUUAGUGUGCGAGGCUGAUCUUGUCUGAAUCUGACAUGCAGACAUGUCAUAUUUGGGGAGAUAAUAAAGUGCUUCUUUGCUUCUCGAUACACGCCGCUGCCGCUAACUGCUUGAUAGUAUUUCUAAAACGCUUCUGCGAUGAUCUGCACAUGUAAUUAUAAUAGUGGUUUAUACGUGCUAGUACGCAUUACCCCAAAAUUUUAUAUGAAAACGCGCUGGAAAGUGCAGUUUUCACUACAUAAUGCUCUGUACGUAGUACCUUUUAGCAUAAGGCGCUUGUUUUCAUGUCGUGGUCACACAAAUGACGAUCGCCUUUUGACUGACUAAAAGGCCCAGGCCCAUGGCCGGACGAACGCCGUAAUAUGUAU